CUGUAAAUUGUGUGAUUUUUGUUUUAGAUAUUUUGUACAAUGGGUUUAAGAAUUAUUCUACAACAUUCUGUAUGGCGCCCUUUUCUUUCCAAUAUUUCAAUAGUCACUACACAAAAUUUAUUACAAAAAACUAUUGUUACAAAAGUUGAUAACAAGGUUGGUCAAGAAGUUUAUAAUGAGGAUAUAACGGACUUGCCUGUUCAAAACCAUGAAAAAGAAAAGACUUUUCAAGAACUUCUUGAUGAUUCUCGAUUAAUAAAAUUUGGAAGACCUGCUGGAAAAUGUGCCAUUGGAAAAGUAGUUGAAGUCUGCAAUGAUGAUUUAUAUAUUGAUUUUGGUGCAAAAUUUGAGGCUGUUGUGAAACGACCUAAACAUAAUGAAGAAUUUUAUGUAAAAGGAUCUAAAGUUCGUCUGAUAUUGAAUAAGUUUGAAAUGACAGGUGCAUUUCUUGGUGAUAAAAGACACAUUACUUUAUGCGAAGCAGAUGCAGUGUUGCUUGGACCUUAUAAUGAAGUUUCUGAGUCUGUUUUAUAGUAACUAUCUUCCUUGGUUUGUGCAUGCUCAUUUUGUAUUACCGUGUUUGAAUAAAAACUCCUGGUGAACAACAACAGUGAGCACCCUUUAGACGAGGUACUUAUUUAAAUAAGGGGCAGAGUGCAUAAAUAUUUUUAAAUAAAUAUAGACAAAGACAUUAUGUUAUAUAUAUGUUAUAUUGAUUUUAGUAUGUUUUAUAAUAAAUGCUGAUUUACGUUACAUUUCAUCUGAAAACUUGAUUGUAUAUGGUAUUUUUUUCUCGAGUUCUUGAGUCAAAUAAGGAACCCCUGCCUAUCCCUUCUGAAUAAGUUCUCUCUCUUUUUCUUUGGGAUUAAAUUUUUAAAAUACAACCUAUAGGCACUUAUAUUUAGUUGUUUAUAUAUAUAUUACCUACAUAAAAAUAUAUGAAUGGUCUGAAUUGUAACUUUUGGUAGGAACAAAGUUUUUAUGCAUUACUGUAUUUUGUUAGUUAUUAGGUCAAACUAAGGUAAUGACAAAAAUAUGUUCAUUCAUACUCAAUGUAGGGUAAUUUAUGCAUGGCAUUUCCCAGCAUUUUUGGUUCUAAAUUAUUUUUUUCUUACAGGAGCUCUUUAUGUUCAUACCUAUAAGUUUGUAUUUUAAGAAAAAUGUGUUAUUUUUAAAAUGUAUAAGUUACCUAGA